GUUUGAGUGGCGGCCAUGGCUUUCUGUGCUACCCAAGCUACAAAUUCCAGAGUUGGUGGAUCAUUCUCGGGCUCUGGGUAUAUUAGGCCGUGUCCAGCGUGGGUUAAUGAUCAGAGGACCAUCAGUGGAAGUCAGAUCAGAUCAGAAGACGUAGAAGCUAAGCCCAGGCCCGUUUUCACCAUGAGUCGCAGCCCAGAAAGAAUUUCAUCCUACCGCCGGCACUUUGAGGACACCACCACUUCGUCCUACCAGGUGCGAGUCAGCAGCCCCUCUCCGGUCAGGAGGGAUGCUGGAAGGUGCCGCUCGGCAAGUUACUCCCGCACAGCGGCAGCCAGCAGCAGCAGUAUGGCCGUGGGCCGCAGGACGCUGUCCAGCACCCGCGGCAGGCCUCUAAUGACCGGCAGCGUUGGUGUUGGCACAGUGUGUGUAAGUGCCGGAGGAGCAGCGAUUGAUCUGGAGGCUGUUGCUGCAGAAAACCAAGAGUUCCUCAGCACCAGGACUGGUGAGAGGAAGGAGAUGGUGGCAUUAAACGACCGACUGGCAGCCUACAUUGAAAAGGUCCGUUCUCUGGAGCAGCAGAAUAAGCUCUUGGAAACAGAGAUCGAAGCCCUUCAGAACCGCUUCCUGAAGCCCACAGGCCUGCGGAUGCUGUAUGAAGAGCAGCUGAGGGAGCUCCGCAGGGUGGCUGACCAAAUGAGAAUGCAGAGGGAUGUGGCCAUUGGUGCUAAGGAUGCGAUGGCUGGUCAGCUGGAGAUGAUAAAGGUGAAGUAUGAGGAGGCUGUGGAGCUGAGGAAGAAGGCUGAAAUGGACAUCGAGGCAUUCCGUCCAGAUGUUGACGCAGCAACCUCUGCUCGCAUUGCCCUAGAAAAGCAGCUGGAGCACCUGGAGAUAGAGAUUGAAUUCCUUCAAAGAGUCCACAAGGAGGAAAUUGAGGAGCUGUUGAAACAGAUGUAUUCAGCCUAUGCUUCAGUCCAGGACGCGUACUCUCUCCCUGACCUUGCCGGAGCAAUCCAGCAAGUCCAGCUCCAGUAUGAAGAUAUUUCAGCCAAAAACCUACAGGACAUGGAUUCAUGGUACAGAAAUAAGUUUGACGACCUCAAUAACAAAUCCACACGACACGUUGACACUGUCCGGGGAGUAAGAGAAGAAAUCGCAGGCGCCAAGAAAGAUAUUCAGGGUAAGGAACGCAACCUGGAUGGCAUGAAGUCCAAGAAUGAAGGUCUAGAAGCUCAGCUCCGGGAGACACAGGAGAGACACAAGAAAGAGCUUGAGGCCUUGCAGGCCAGAAUUGAGGCCCUGCAGCUGGAGCUUAAAACAAUCAAAGAGAAGAUUGCUCUUCACCUCCGUGAGUACCAGGACCUCCUCAAUGUUAAGAUGGGUCUGGAGCUGGAAAUCACCACCUACAGGAAACUGAUCGAAGGUGAAGAUUCACGCAUCACCAGCAUGGUCCAGGGAAUGAGCACCAUGUCGCUGAUGGCCAGCAGUAGUUUUGGAGCUAUCAGUGGUGGCAUGGGGGCUAUUGGUGGUGGCCUGGGGGCUGUCAAUGGACUCGGGCGUAUUGGUGGUGGCUUAGGGGUAGUUGGUGGUGGCCUGGGGGGAAUGGAUGCCAGCACUGCAGGAGGCAUUGGAGCCAUGGGGGCCAGAGGAGGUAUUGCGGGAGGCGUUGGAGCCAUGGGUGCCAUGGGUGCAGAUGUAGCUGGAGGUGUUGGAGGCCAGGCAGCUAGAGGUGGUGUUGCAGGAGGCGUUGGAACCCUGGGUGCCAUGGGUGCUGAUGUUGUUGGAGGUGUUGGAGGCCAAGCAGCUAGAGGUGGUGUUGCAGGAGGCGUUGGAAUCCUGGGUGCCAUGGGUGCUGAUGUUGUUGGAGGCCAGGCAGCUAGAGACGAUAUUGCAGGAGGCAUUGGAACCCUGGGUGCCAUGGGAGCUGAUGCUGCUGCAGGCGUUGGUGCUCCAGGGGCCAAAGGCGGCAUUGCAGGAGGUGUUGGAGCCCCGGGUGCCAUUGGCAUUGAUGCUGCAGGAGGCAUUGGUGCUCCAGGGGCCAAAGGUGGUAUUGCAGGAGGCGUUGGAGCCCCAGGUGCAAUUGGUGCUGAUGCUGCUGGAGGCUAUGGAGCUCCAGGGGCCAAAGGUGGUACUGCAGGGGGUGUUGGAGCCCCGGGUGCCAUUGGCAUUGAUGCUGCAGGAGGCGUUGGAGCUCCAGGAGCCAAAGGUGGUAUUGCAGGGGGUGUUGGAGCCCCGGGUGCCAUUGGUAUUGAUGCUGCAGGAGGUGUUGGAGCUCCAGGGGUUAAAGGUGGUGUUGUAGCAGGCGUUGGAGCUCUGGGUGGCAUGGGUGCUGAUGCUGCUGGAGGCCUUGGAGCUCUGGGGGUCAAAGGUGGUAUUGCAGGAGGUGUUGGAGCCGGAAUCACAGGACUGGGAGGAGGCUUCGGUGCAGGAUUCGGAGAAGGCACUAUCAUUGAUUACAGCAAAGAGCAGGCUGUGGAGGUGACUGAGAGGAAGACAGUGCUAAUUAGAACAGUCAAAGCAGACGAUGAAACAGUCCAGAGGGACAUGCAGGAGAGGAUCUAUUCCAUAUCUGGAGCUGCACAGGAAGAAGAGGAAUGAACAUGCUUUCAUCAGUUAAAAAACAAUACCGCAAAAACGCAUUCUCAAAAAACACUCCAUUAGCCUUCAGAUCUGCACCACAGUCUACAGUUUCACUCCCAACACUGAACCCAACAAUCUGCAAAUAAAGCUUUCUGUGCAUUA